AUGGCUCGCUGGAACCUGUAUCCGAAUAUCGAGCCCUACAAUUCCGGGUUUCUUAAGGUUUCCGAUAUUCACACAAUCUAUUGGGAGCAGUCUGGAAAUCCCGACGGCCAUCCUGUAGUUUUUCUUCAUGGAGGUCCAGGAGGAGGAACUUCACCAAGUAAUCGAAGAUUCUUCGAUCCUGAGUUUUACCGGAUCAUUCUAUUUGAUCAGAGGGGUGCGGGGCAAAGUACCCCACAUGCUUGCUUGGUUGAAAACACGACAUGGGAUCUCAUUAGUGACAUUGAAAAGCUCAGGGAACACUUAGAAAUUCCAGAAUGGCAGGUUUUUGGUGGGUCAUGGGGGAGCACACUUGCCCUUGUAUAUAGCCAAUCGCACCCUGACAAGGUUACCGGAAUUGUUCUUAGAGGGAUUUUUCUUUUAAGAAAGAAGGAGAUUGAUUGGUUUUAUGAGGGUGGUGCUGCUGCCAUAUACCCAGAUAACCUUUUAGCACUGAACGAUUACUGCACUAUUCUUACAAUUGCAUUAAACAUAUAA